AUGGACACUGUUAUGGAAGCCAACAUGGGCGCCACUGGCCACAGGCCCCGCACAGAGCUCGAUGAAGAGGACUACUACCCCCAGGGUGGCUGGGACACUGUCUUCCUGGUGGCCCUGUUACUCCUGGGGCUGCCAGCCAAUGGGCUAAUGGCAUGGCUGGCUGGCUCCCAGGCCCGGCACGGAGCGGGCACACGGCUGGCCCUGCUCCUGCUCAGUCUGGCCCUCUCUGACUUUUUGUUCCUGGCGGCUGCAGCCUUCCAGAUCCUGGAGAUCCAGCAUGGAGGGCACUGGCCGCUGGGGACAGCCGCCUGCCGCUUCUACUACUUCCUGUGGGGUGUGUCCUACUCCUCCGGCCUCUUCCUGCUGGCCGCCCUCAGCCUGGACCGCUGCCUGCUGGCGCUGUGCCCACGCUGGUACCCUGGGCACCGCCCGGCCCGCCUGCCCCUCUGGGUCUGCGCCGGGGUCUGGGUGCUGGCCACGCUCUUCAGCGUGCCCUGGCUGGUGUUCCCCGAGGCCGCCGUCUGGUGGUAUGACCUGGUCAUUUGCCUGGACUUCUGGGACAGCGAAGAGCUGCCACUGCGGAUGCUGGAAAUCCUGGGGGGCUUCCUGCCUUUCCUCCUGCUCCUCGUCUGCCACGUGCUCACCCAGGCCUCGGCCUGCCGGACCUGCUGCCGCCGCCAGCCUUGGCCCGCAGCCCGCCAGGGCUUCGCCCGUGUGGCCAAGACCAUUCUGUCGGCCUACGUGGUCCUGCGGCUGCCCUAUCAGCUGGCGCAGCUGCUCUACCUGGCCUUCCUGUGGGACGUCUACCCCGGCUACCUGCUCUGGGAGGCCCUGGUCUACUCUGACUACCUGAUCCUGCUCAACAGCUGCCUCAGUCCCUUCCUCUGCCUCAUGGCCAGCGCCGACCUCCGGGCCCUGCUGCGCACAGUGCUCGCCUCCUUCGCCGCGGUCCUCUGCGAGCAGCAGCCGGGCAGCUCCGGGCCGGCCGAGUCGCAGGCCCAAGUGGACCCCGAGGCUCCGGCUCUGCCAGGGCCGACAGCUGUGUCCCCGCCUCAGCGAAAUCCCACGGCCCAGCCCCGGCCGGAUCCCGAGGCCCCCCCACAGUCGGAUGCUGAGGCCCAGGCCCCUGGGCCCACUGCCAACUCAGCCCCCAGUCCCUGUGAUGAAGCCACCCCUGCCCCAUCCUCAGAUCCCAGCCCAGGGGCCCCUGAGAACCCAGCCACACCUCCUGCCUCGGAGGGAGGAAGCCCCAGCAGUGCCCCACCGGAGGCGGCCCCCAGUGCGGGCCCCACGUGA